UUCUUGGAAAAGGGGGAUGUAAUUUCUGGUAGAUAAAGAUGCGUAGAUUCCAACAAAUCCAGAGAGAGAGAGAGCUUAGCCUAUUCCUGAACUGAACUCUAAGUUCUACACCUUCGAUCAUGCCCGUCUUUAAAACCCCCUUCAAUGGCUACUCUGUCAAGUUCAGCCCCUUUUACGAGUCCCGUAUCGCCGUCGCCACCGCCCAAAAUUUUGGAAUCCUAGGCAAUGGUCGCCUUCACGUCCUCGAUCUCAAUCCCGCUGGCCCCAUCUCCGAGCACAUCGCCUUUGACACCGCCGACGGAGUCUACGACGUCUCUUGGUCCGAAUCUCACGACUCCCUUCUUGUCGCCGCUGUUGCCGAUGGCUCUGUCAAGCUCUAUGACCUCGCUCUUCCUCCCACAUCUAAUCCCAUUCGAUCCUUCCACGAACAUACUCGUGAGGUUCACUCUGCUGACUACAACCCUGUUCGUCGCGACUCCUUUUUGACUUCCUCUUGGGACGAUACCAGCAAGCUCUGGACCCUUGACCGUCCCACCAGCGUCCGAACCUUCAAAGAGCAUGCCUAUUGCGUCUAUUCUUCGGUAUGGAACCCUCGCCACGGCGAUGUGUUCGCUUCAGCCUCUGGCGAUUGCACCGUACGCAUCUGGGAUGUGCGUGAACCAGCCUCCACCAUGAUAAUUCCAGCUCAUGAUUUCGAAGUUCUAUCUUGCGAUUGGAAUAAGUACGACGAUUGUUGUAUUGCUACGGCUUCGGUCGAUAAAUCGAUUAGGGUAUGGGAUGUGAGGAGCUACAGGACCCCGGUUUCUGUUUUGAAUGGCCAUGGAUAUGCAGUUAGGAAAGUGAAAUUCUCCCCCCAUCGGCAGGGUUUGCUAGCGUCCUGCUCGUACGAUAUGACUGUGUGUUUGUGGGAUUACAUGAUGGAGGAUGCUCUUGUUGGGAGAUAUGAUCAUCACACUGAAUUCGCCGUCGGAAUCGAUAUGAGCGUGCUUGUUGAGGGGCUUCUUGCUAGCACUGGAUGGGACGAACAUGUUUUUGUAUGGCAGCAUGGGACUGAUCCAAGAGCCCCCUGAGAAAGGAAAGAUUUUGCUACUUCUGAAGAAUUUAUGAAUUUUAUCGUAGUUCAUAGAUUUUAAGUGAAUAAGUCAUUUUAGUGUUACAAAAAAUGAAAAUGCACUACUUGUUGGCAGAAUGUAUGUUCGUUCAAGAUUGAACCGAAUGUAUUAUUAUAGUCAUUUUCUUUUUUAGAGAUUGAAUAUAAGCUUCUUUUUCUCUGGAACUUGUAUUCCUUGGACCUAGUCUUUUACGCCAUCUCUGACAUUGUGAAGUGAUUAGUAACGAGAGUAUAUUCCAUAGUUUUUAAGUCCUAUUAUCUACCUGCUAGAGUAGUAAGUGAACUUUGCCUUUUCAUGAGGCUCCUCUUUUGUGGCCAUCUUAUUUGCUGUAGGGUCGUUGCCCUGUAAAGAUUAUAUUGACUGUACUCCUAGGCUGCUUGGUUUCCAUGCUUGUGUGAACAUGAGGUAGACAACCUACAUGGAUGCCAACUUGAAAUUUCUGGUGUGAUCAUUGGGUACAUCAUUUCAGCUGGAGGAGGGAUCAGAACAAGAAAGUUAGAAUAGGAGCUUAGCGGUAAUCGGGCUAUUCUAGAACAAGAUAGGCAAUUCACUGGUUACUGGUUUUAAAAUCACCAACUAGACCAGCUGUUUUAGAUACGUCCCAUGUUUAUCUACCUACGCCAGUGUAUCCAUGUGUGUCAUAUAAUUUCGAUCAUUAGAUACGUCCCAUUUGGCAUUUCCUAAUCCAUGGAAACCAGAUUUGUGAACUGUAGAUGCAUGAUGUUUCCUAUUGUAUCUGUGAGCAUGACUCAGUUAGUUAAGACAUAUUGUCGAACUCUCAAAAAUUGUGCAACCACACCUUGCUUGUUUGAGUCCAGAAUGGUAUUCAUCUUGGUUCUUAGAUAGUGUCUGGACCAUGUCACUGUAACUAUACUGCAUACACUUGCAUAUGCGUAUGAAUAUCAUCUUUAGAUCAAAUCAUCCUACUGAAACUCCCUUCUGUAUUAGUAUCACUUGAGGAACUUGAUGCAUUUUGACACUUGUGCCUAAAAAGAUACUUGGGAUAAAAAAUUUCAUUCAAUGGUCUAACCUUCUGGUCUGUUUUGUGUACUUUGAUUGACUGUUGUUUCUGGUUACAUCAAGUCUUGUUAAGUGGACUGCAGGCAGACUUUUGUGAUUGGAGGAAACCGCUAUCCGGUAAAGAUGUGUAAAAUUUUAGAAGUUGUAACUGCGAAAUGUUUCUUGCAGAAAGGAAUGGUUCAUGGCAUGCAGGAUACUGGGAAGAGCUCUGCAGAAAUUUGUUGGGAACCUCAAUCUUGUUACACAGCAGGCUUGCCACUGCAUGUCUCAUGCUGGCUCAUGAACGCCCUUGCUUCACUCGCAGUUCCUUCAGUUGUUAACUGGAAGAGCACUAAGCCAUUAGUCAUUACCCCUAGUGCUUUUCCCUGCCUCUCAUCUUGUCUAUCUCGAUUCUCUGUCGUCAAGAUAAGCUCGGCCUAUGGUUCUAAUUCUAGUAGAACUUGAAAAUCUUGUUCCAAAGGUGUACUGAGAUCUGAUUAAAUCAUCAAUCUUUUGAUUCAAUACAUUCUUCUUUUCCUA